AUGGAUUGGGGUCAGGAUACCCUGAGGGCUGGUUUUUGCCAUGCACUUUCCGAGAUGUACAAGAGCGAGGUCCCCCUUUACGGGGAUUUGGUGGACCUGGUGUGGAAGGCAGAUGCGGAGGCGAUCAAUACGAGCAGGAAACUCGGUGGCGCGAAUGCUAUCGAUCCAGAUGAUGUCCUGCCGUCCAGGAACCGGGUCGAGAGACAUGGUGCCAUCCGUCUGGGCACUGCACAGGAGCUGUCCACUAUCCGCCGCAUGUUCGCCGUCAUGGGCAUGUCUCCAGUGGGUUAUUACGAUCUGAGUGUGGCCGGGUUCCCCAUGCACGCCACUGCGUUUCGCCCGAAGAGCAGAGAGGCUCUGGCUAGACACCCAUUCCGGGUGUUCACGACGGUUUUGCGGAUGGACCUUCUGACAGAGAGGACGCGAGACUUGGCGCAGAGGGCCCUGAAGCAGAGGAACAUCUUCACCGAUCGGUUGGUGGCACUGAUAGACCACGCGGAGAUACAAGGUCGACUUACCCCCGACGAGUGCAAGGAGUUCAUUGCGGAGGGCCUGGAGACCUUCCGAUGGCACUCCAAGGCGACGGUGACCCUGGACGAGUACAAGAUUCUCAAGGCGGAGCACCCAUUAAUUGCGGACAUCGUGUCGUUCCCAAGUUGCCACAUUAACCAUUUAACUCCCCGGACGAUUGACAUCGACCUCGUCCAGAAGAUGAUGCAGGACAGCGGCAUGCCGGCAAAGGAGCGCAUCGAAGGACCGCCCCGCCGGGAGUACCCAAUCCUGCUCCGCCAGACCAGCUUCAAGGCGCUAGAGGAGACGGUGUAUUUCCGGGAUUCGAACGAGGCAUACGUCAAGGGCUCCCAUACCGCCAGAUUCGGGGAGGUCGAGCAGCGGGGGUAUGCUCUCACACGGAAAGGUCGAAAGCUCUAUGAUGACAUCCUCGCUCGGGUCAACACCACGGCUGCAGAGACAGGAGCCGACUCCACGAAGUAUGAGGAGAUCCUAGAACAGGGCUUUGAGGAGUUCCCCGACGACUUGCGUCAAUUGCAGGAGCAGGAGCUGGCAUACUUCUGUUACCACCUCACCCCGCAGGCCGGACAGGGUCUGGAUAUCACCAAGGCCAGCCUGAGCCAACUCCUGAAGGAUGGUGUCCUUGAGUACGAACCCAUCACGUACGAGGACUUCCUUCCCCUAUCUGCUGGGGGGAUAUUCAACUCGAACCUGGGCAGCGAAUCCCAAGCCAAACGUCUCAUUAUGGAGGCGGAGGCGGACUUGGAUGGGUUCCAGAAGAUGAUGGGAACCCCUGCGACGGACGAGAUCAGUCUGUAUGAGCAGAUGCAGAGAGACAGCCUCGAGACCUGCCGGGUCCAGCUCGGGUUGGAGGAGAUUGUUGUGUAG